GAGACGGGAAACGGACAAGGGUCUUUGUUGUGUAAUUUCCUGGUUAUUUCAGGCGUUGCGAUCUUGUUCUCGUUUUCAAAAAUCAAACAAGUUUUGCUGGACACAAGCAUGGAAGCACGACCAAAUCCUAAUAAGAGGGGCAGGGCCGGUGGGAAGAAAAAGCAGCAGAUCUACAAUGGUGACAUAGUCUUCACCGCCAAGAAUGGAUCCAUCCAGACCAUACCCAGCCUGAACAAACGGCUCAAAUCAGUCACCGACACUGUUGUUGGACUGCAGUACAUAUGGGAGUAUCGAAGCCCAUCUAAGUCGGCUCCUCCUCAUUACCAGUGUAAACUGUGUGUAGUCCAGCAGCUGCAGAAUGAAAUAGCUGCUCACAUCACUGGCUGGAAGCACAGCUUCAGAUACAUGAAACAGAACCACAAAGACAAGGUUCCUUAUGAGGAAGCGAAUGCGCUUAAAGAUCCAACCACAAGGAAAGCCAUUAAAGCUGCUGCUGCGGAAGUUGAAAAAGCUGAGGGAAGGGGUCAAAUUAAGAUGGUGCUAAAGGAACCAUGUGAGGUUGUGGCGUUUCAGGGCAUGAAGUCUGCACAACCCAAUCUAGGGUUUACAGGAACUGGCGUUCUUGGGCCCCCUGCCAGAGGCAUAAAACACGGAGGUCCCUAUCAAGAUCCCAUGUACAUGGGGAAUUUUCCACCUCGUGGUGGCAUGAUGUCUGAUUUCGGCCCUGGCAUGCAUGGAGGUAUGGAUGAUCCUCCUAUGAGGAGAGGUUAUUCUGAUAUGGAAGAUUUCACUAGCCCUGGUCGCUAUGGUAAUGGAAUGUCUGGACCAGACAGGGGGAUGAUGGAACCAGAGGACAUGCAUCGUUUCCCUGAUGAUGGGCAUAUGGGCAUGGGCCCUGAUGGUUUUGGGCCCGGCCAGCAUAAUGAUGGUAUGGGCAGACCUUUCCCUAAUGACAUGUCUAUGAACAGCAGCGGGGACAGAUUGAUGGGACAUGGCCCUAAAGCCCCGGAAAACAAUAGCCUCCCUGCAACACUGCUCAAAUACCUGGACUCUUUUCGUAUUGAGAAUGAGGACGAUGCUCAGAUUGUCUUAAAAGUCACACAGAAGCUCACAGAUGUUCUGAUGGAGUACCGCCUCAGAAGCAUUUCAUCGGUGCCCACUCUGAAGCCCCUGCCCCCAAUGAACUACUCAUCCUGUCUUCCAAACAGUUCCAAUGACCGAUUUUCCAGCGGCAUGCCUGGGCCAUCAAGAUUCUACAAAUGAACACUCAUCUGUUGGAUGUAACCAAGACCUGGAUCCAGCCUGCUUUGCCUGUUUUCGACAUGGCUUUCUUGACUUUGUUCAUGACCAAACACUUUUUUUUUCUUGCCUUUUAGGUCAUUUUUGUUUUUACAGUGUAUACAUAGGUAGAUUUAUUUUAAAUGUUUAAUUUUUCUCUUUUUUCGCUCAAACAAACAUUUGUGUGCAGUUAUUUGUAAUAGCAACAAUUUUUAGUGAGUGAUUUAAACAGUCUUUAAGCGGUCAGUCAAAUCUUCAAUGUGACAUUUUGUUGUAAAUGUCUGUUGCCAUAGUUGUAAAAUAAACUCAUAGUUCCUCAUUGAACUGUGGGUUCAGUUCCUAUAUCCCUUGAAGACAUCCUCACAUUUCGAUCAGGUUGUCCCAUAGUUUGAUUACAGCAUCUUGUAGACUUGGAAUUAAGCUCUUGUCCCUGUUGUUGAAUCACUGGACUAAACACCAGUUAUUUUGCCAAGAGAUAUCUUGUUUAUUAUUAAUUGUCAAGACAUAGGAGAGAGACAAUUUUCUGGAGGGAUGAUGUCCGUACUCGAAGUUUGGGGGUGUAUUUGCCGACCAAAGGAACUUAUCCCUACAAGGUGGUAAAAUGUUGUUCAUGUUUAAAAUAGAUGUACAUGUCAUGCUAUACAGUCCUCCUCCUGUAUAGAGAAUACCUCAUUCAACAUUUUCCGUAGCCUCACAUGGGAGAACACCUGCUACAUUGCAUGUACAUUCCAAUGUGGUUAAAAUAACUCCUCUCGGUGUCUCUGACAUGUAAUCCUCUCAUACAUUUACAUGUACUUCAGACUUCACAAAAUACAAAAAUAAUAUUAAGCAAGUGAAUUUUAUUUAUAUGGCACAUAUUUAGCAGGGCUACCCAAAUUGCUGCACAGAGUGAAAAACAACAACAAAAAACAGAACAGACAGAAAUAACUUUGGGGAAAUAAAAGUUUUCAAUUUAGAUUUAAAAAUAGCAGUUGAGGGUGCAAGGUGGAUGUCCAAAGGCAAUUGAGCUCUGAAAAGAGCUCUGUCUAAAUAUCUAGUGGAUGACAAAGAAGUAAGACGACCUCUAAUAUAUAAUGGAGCUUGAUCAUUAAGAGCUUUAAAAACAAACAACAGGAUUUUAAACUGAAUUCUAAAAUAGAUCAGGAGCCAAUGAAGCGAGGCUAAAAUGGGGAUGACAUGAUCGUAUUUCUUUGUCCCGGUCAGCGGCCUUGCAGCUGCAUUCUGCACCAUCUGGAGUCGAGCAAGCGAUGAUUGACGAAGACCCAAAAACAAAAAAUUACAGUAGUCCAAACGUCAAGUAAUAAAAAUCGUGCUCCCCAAA